CGGCAAGUAGUAGUGCUGGAGAAGUUGAGGCUGAGGGGACACGACACGCAGCCCGCAGGGACACGUACAACAUGGCGGAGGCCGUUGUGGACGGGAGUCCGAUGUCUCGGUUUUUUUGCCACAAAUGCAGCGUCGAGAUCGAGCGUCUGCUGCCGAAUUUCACGUGUCCACGAUGUGCGAGCGGCUUCAUCGAAGAGCUGGAAAGCAGCAGCAACGAGGGCAGCUCGGGCAUGGAUAUGAACAGCGAAGAUCUGAGCGAUGGGGACAUCGACAUCUUGACCUUGAAUCCUUCGCAGCGCUCGGACCGUGACCGUGAUCUAAUAGACAUGAUAAUGGGUCUCUCGAAUACCUACGCCAAUCAACAGUUGAGCACCAGUCAACCAUCAGGGGGAGGCAAUAGUGCCAUCAGGGGGAACUAUGUGCUUGGGAGCAGAAGAAGGUCUAAUUGGUCUCGUACCCCUCAAGAUGGACGUCGCACCAGCAGUAGCAAUCGUAGAAGACAAGAGAGUCUACAGGUGCCUAUAGAGAAUUUCAUACAAGAUUUUAUCUUCAAUCUGUCGGGAGCAGCGAGUCUAGGCAACUCUGUGGGUCAAGAUGCGCAGUCUACAUCUGUAUUCAAUAUUAGACUGUUCUUGGGAAAUCCUGGAGAUUAUGUUUGGGGUCGCGAUGGAUUAGACGCUAUUGUUACCCAAUUAUUGAAUCAAAUGGACGGUACUGGACCACCGCCUUUAUCACGCAACCAGAUCGAUGAAAUACCUACUACUACUAUAACUCAAAGUCAAGUUGAUUGUAAACUACAAUGUUCCGUUUGCUGGGAAGACUUUAAGCUAUCGGAACCUGUUAGACAGUUGCCAUGCCAGCAUGUCUAUCACGCGCCAUGCAUUGUACCCUGGUUGGAAUUACACGGAACCUGUCCCAUUUGCAGACAGAACUUGGGAGAUCAAAAUCAAGCUGAAGCGAACCAAGAUACUGGAGCCAACAUAGCUGGAUCCACUUUAGCCGGAUCCAGUUUUGCUGCUUUAUUCAGGGCAGCGAAUGAAGCAAACCGGACAGGACAGCCAAUUAGUCGAACAUCGUCCACUUCGUCAUCUACUUCAUCAGAGUAGCUCCAGUACUUGUUCAAGUGAGAUUUGAGAGUGAUAUUUUUCUUUCAACUAUCCAAUUUCGUAAUUUAACGAAUGUAUAUCUAUUUUUAACACAUUGAUACCACUUCUCUGGCACUCUCUUGCCUUUAGUAGGCAUAUAUCUCUUUACAGAUGUGUCAGCUACAAAAUUCGAAUCACUUAUCGCUUAAUCAAUUGAUAUUGUCUCAAUGUAAAGUGCUGAGUUCAACGAAUUGUUUCGUUCUACAGCAAAUUGUACUACAUGAAUAUCGACCGAAAUAGAAAAAUCGUAGAUCAAAUUGUUACAUUUGUCUCUGCCUGUGGCGCUAAUUUUAACAUUCAACAUUAGAACGUUACAUACGUUAGACUAUAAUAGAUCUUACGAUCUUUACUAAUGCCAUUUAAUUAAAUAUUUAUAAAUACUUGAUUAAAUGAUUAUUGAAACGUGUCAGGCACUGACGAAUUAUAUACGCUGUCAGAUUUCAGAGCGAAAAAGGGGCUUUUUACUUUAUGAUUUAAUUUCAAUAAAAUAAAAUUAAAAAAGAAAGAAAAAUACUCUGAAGAAGCAACCUACGUAGUCUUUAUAGACGUUAUUUAUGCGUGGGUAGUUUUAUUUUGAGUAGUGUUAAUUCAAGCAAACUCGGAACAGAUCAACAAAUCUAUUGCUAUUUAUAUGUAAAAAUAUAAUUUUUACUCGUCGCCGAGGCUCAGUAAGAUACAUAUAAGUUUACGUGAUUGUCACGUAUCAUCGAUACAUAUAAGCUUAUGAAGUACAAAUAAACAUAAAAAUUUGCGAUUUGAAGACAAACUAAUAAAUUCAAAUGACACAUGAUGCAAUAUAUAUAUAUGGAAAGAGAGAGAGAGAGAGAGAGAGAGUUCGCGGAAGAUAAAAAUAUUGCUUUCCGUAGAAAUAUAUGUACUUGGAAUUAGAACAUAUCACAUAUUGCUAGAAUUGAGAAAUCGAGCAAUCAAAAAGUUGAUGGAAUUAAUAUAAAGCAUAUCGAAAUUUUAUUCUUUUUUUUUUGUCUUGUAAAUGCUCCUGAAACAUCAUAAAGAACGGAUUAUUGACAAUCACGUGAUUACUUUUUCAUUUUUGAUUAUCUGACUUGUAAUAUGUAUCUACUUAGGUAUUCUAUACCUUGACAAUGGCUAUCUGAGUCUCGACGAAUAGACGCGUGAGUGUGUAACAAAUUCGCUUUAUUCAAUUUUCUUAGUGUGUAAAAACACAUGAAACUGAUUUUUAUAACGUAAAUGCAUAUGAAUAAAGUGCAUUCGUGGCAAAACUACGCAGCAUAUAUAUGUACAUACAUAUAUCUAUCUAUGUACAUAUAUAUACAUAUAUAUAUAUGUAUGUACAUACACUCCUAUAGUAAAGAUCUCUCAAAAGAAUAUGCGCACUCAUGGAGAUAAACCCUUGCAUCCGCAAUUGUGUAGUUUGCAGCAAUCGAUAAAGUUACACACAUUGUAUAAACAUAAAAUAGGAUAUAGCAUAAAGAAUAUGAUUAGAACUUGUAUCUAAAUUCUUCUGUCUGAUGUUAUUACAUAUGCAGUUGAAAUGAGUUAUUUUCGCGCUAACUGUACAUAUGCGAUGAGCAAGCAUUCUACUGGUAUAUGCGUUUACAUAAUAAAAAAUAAUAUCGCGCUAUACUAAAAUGUCCAUUUAAAUUUUAUGAUUUACAUAUAAUUCUGUUGUCCAUUUUUCUGUUUACGAUGAUAAAAUGUUUGUUUUAAAACAAGUUAAAUAUUAUUAAAAUAAAAAGAGAGAGUUGAGUUUUGUAUAUGCAGGACUAUCACUGAAUUUCUUUUUUUAAUAAGCAGAGUUCAGAGCAAGAGAGUCGACAUGUGUAUAAAAGGUGAUUAUAGGUUUAUCUACAAUAGACCGUAGUUUUACUUUAAACUCGUAUCUGAAACAAGAAAGUGAUUCUUUGCACUCUUGCGAAACUUUAUACGUGAAACCUGCGAAUUUUCAAUAUUUAGUACAAUUUGUUUUGCUAUUGGAUACGUCCGAAAAUUCAGGAGCGAUUGGAUCUUUUUUAAAAUUAUUUUGUUCCAGUGUAUAAUGAUAAAGAAAGACUUAACAAUAUUACAUUCUGUUUGAAAUUGACAGUUGUGAUUCAAUUACAAAAUAAAUAUAUGAAUGUAAUUAAUGGAAGGAUGAAUAUUAUCUCUCUAACAGUAGUGACAUUUAAAUCGUUGAGAUACAACAUGGAGUUGCUGUCAGGAGAAACGUAUUUCCUUUAAACACUAACUCUUUACGUUCCUGAUACUUUUCAGUGUGUCAACAAUAAGCAGUGAUUGUGUUUAUUAUAUUAAAUAAAAUGGAAUAUUUUUCGUUUAUAUAUGUAUAAUAUAAAGAUACAGAAUUUAAAUGAUGUUUAUACAUGUUUUCUAGCGGAUAGUAGCCUGUAAAUUUAUUAGUAGAGUACUAUGGGAUAUAUUUAUUCGUCAAUAAAGAGAGAGAACUAAUAUAAUGUGAAA